AUGUGGUCGCGGUUCAAGAAACUAAUGGCCGUAAUUAAUGAAAAUGGAGCUGAAAAAGAGAAUAUUAAUAAAGAAAACAUACAACCUGAUAAAGAUGAACUAGGGAAUGACGCUAGAAUAUCUCAGCGAAUUUUGGUUAAAUCUUUGAGCAUCUUCUCCGGCAGCAAUUCUUCUUCUUCUUCCUUUAUGGCGGAUACGAUGAAUUCGCCAAAGCAGCAGUUAGUUAUCAUCAGGGAAUCAAGAAAAACAUUUUCAGAUACAAAUCACCGGCUCUUUGUUAACGUUAGUGAUGGGCUGCCUAAAGACGAUCAAGGCAAGGUCAAGGUGUCGAUAGCGUAA